ACAAAAGAAAAAAUAAAAUAAGAAAAAUAAUAAUAAAAAUAAUAUAUUUAUAUACGUCGACUAAUGAAGAAUUAAAGCUCUAAUAGUUCAGUAGAUAUAGAGAUUAAUUCACAGUGCUAAAAGCCUUCUUAACAACUUUUAGGCCCAAGUAUAAUUUUGAAAGACCAUCAGGAAGAUAGAACUAAAAGCAAUUCUUCCUCAUAGAACAGCACCUUCAGAAAGGUUCAUUCAACUAAAGGCAAAAAUGAGAAAAGUAAAAGGCCUUCUAGUGUGACCCAAAGACCAAGUUCGAUUCCAAAAUUUGUAUCAUCCUUUUCAAAUGAAGCGCAAAAAAUAGGUUUGAAUGGAAAUACAAGAAGUUAAGAUGAUAGUUAUGCAGUAAAUAGUCUAAUUAGUAGCAUGAAUAAUAGUUAUUGCAUUCAAUAGAAUGCUCAUGACAUUUUGGCUAAAUCUAAACUCCAAAAUUCUUAUCAUUAACGAGGAAGUUCAUUGUAAGCAAUAGGUUAAGUAAAUGUAUUUAGCACAUAGUAUUCAAGCAAUCUUAAAGGUGGAUCUUCUCAAUCUUUAUAGAAUUAAGUUGCUUAAUCAUAAUCCCUAGCUAACAGCUUUGUAUCUGUUAAUCAGCAAGCAGUAGGUUCAUCUGGAGAUGAAAAAUCUGGAGCAAAUGUUUGCUAAUCUUUCUCUGCCGUCAUCUCAGCUCAGCCUGUAUCUGAACUUAAAAUUGCAGGUCCUGAGAUUAAUAACCUUUAAGUAUCAUCACAAAGUUAGCCAUUAUCUGAUAAUUUAGUAUUUAAACACGCUUCGUCACUUGAUCUCCCUCCUUAAUCCUCUCUAAAUGUCAGUUCAAAAUUAAUUAAUCAAUAAGUAAAUGCCGCUCAUAAGUAUAAUAAUCCCAAAUAGCUAAAUGAGUAGUAAAUUUUAAAGUCAUAAAAGCACAAGUAAAAAAAUAUACUAGAAAAUGAAGAGGAUUGUGAUCAAAAAGAUAAGUAAGAAGAUGAAGAAUAGAAUGAGUAAAAUGUAUGCGAAUUAUAGCAAGCAUAGGGUAUUGAAGCCUUCGAUGUAGUAGCUAACAACAAAGCAGAUUCUGAAAAUUAGAUGAGUUAAGUUUAAAUAUAAGGGAAUAAUAUAUUUGGAAUAAAUACUGAGUUAGAAAAAAUAGAUCUCAAUAAUAGCAGCUCAUCUAAGCAUACUUCUAACUCAAUAACAUCAAGGUCACAUAAAAAUUAGUCAAAUAUCUCUGAUGAUUUUUUGUAGGAUUCAAAAUAAGAAAGUGUAAACAACAACAGUAUGAUUGUUAGCAGUAGCAAUAAUAGCAGCAGGGUUUUUAAAGGAUCAAGCAACAAUAGCUUUAUCCUAAAUUAAUGUACUUAAAAAGCAGCUGCAUAAAAUCCUUUAAACGAAUUUAUUCAAUCCAAGGAAGAAAUCAAAGAAAGCAUAAGUAGAUCUAAAUAUUGCGCAAAGCCUAGAGAUGCUCAUAUACUUUAAAAUGCAAGAUUGCCUAUCAAGCCUAUUUUACAAGAUGAAUCUAAAAAUCAAAUUCUAACUCUAGAUGACAAGUUAAUUGCUCCUCCUUCAAUUUAAGUAAUAUAAAAACCUAGCCAAGAUUUAAAUGAAUCACAGUUGAAAGGCAAACAAAAAUUAAAAUAACUUAUGCAUAGAAGAGGAAAUACUUUAAGUAGAAAUGAUAUAGAAGAUUUGUAGUUCUUUGAGUUUUAAGACUCAGUCUUCCAAAAGGUUUCAUCUGAAGAUGAAAAAGUAAAUUCUAACUAAUUGGAAAACAAGCAAACAUCUCAGGAAAAUUUAAGCACAAAUCCUCUUUCUUUUAUCAACCCUUCCUAGGUCUAUGACUUUUAGAAUAAGAACAAUGAAGAAGAUAAUCAAAACGAGCAAGACUACUAACAGGAAGAUUAAGAUGAAGAUAUUGAAAUCAAAAAAUAAGUAGAACUGCUAAACAGUGACGACUCUGAGAACGAAGAUAAGGUAAGAAAUAUAGGUAAGCCCAGUCCUCAUCCUCCUGUUGGUGUUUACUAAUAACAAAUUUAUCAUCCGAUUCCUUAGCAAUAAUCCCAGUAAUAAAUGAGUUUUCAUCCUCACUUAAAUCCUUUUGUUGAUAUCCCAAGCUAGUCCACUCCAUAGAUUCAAUAACAAAAUUUUGAUUCUUUUAGCAAGCAAUCUUCUACUCCUAAUCAACAAUUAGAGUAUAUUAGCUCAAAGAGAAUUGUUGGCCCUAGACCAAUGUCUAUUGAUUAGCAAUUUUCUUAAUUCUUUGCUACUCCUAAUUAGUAAUAAAUUAUGAACAUACCAGAAAAGUGUGGAUCACCUUUAUAAUUUACUGAUUACUCUCAAUAGUAAGGGUAGUCUCCUUACAUCUUAUACGAAUCACCAGCACAUUAACACAUUCAAUCUAUUUAUAACUAAGGGAUGAAGUAACCUACAAAUAAUAUGAAUAAUAUUAUUUAAUUUAAUUAAAUGAAUACACCUUCUCCCCCAAUCCAAGGCAACUAAUAAAAGAACUAUUAGAUCUUUUAGCAACACACUUAGAUGUAAUAAAUGAUGUGCUAAAUUCCAGCAUAACAUAGUAUUGGUAUCUAGUAGCCUUAACAAAAUUAAUAGGGUAAUCAAUAGCAAUAGUAAUAGGCUGGUUAGAUAUUUAAUUAGAACUAAAUAAGCUUGGGAUAAUAGGGCUAAUAAUAAAUGAUGGCUAUGAUGAAGAACUAAAAGCAGCACUUGUAAAUAUAGCCUAACUCUUUGUUCUCUUCAAAUUCAAGCUCUACAUACCACUUGUAGAAAUAAAAUUGCAAUCUAUCUCAAGCAUCAACAAUAGACUCAGCAGAUUAUAUCAACACUUUCAGAUCAGGAUCUUCUUAUGGUGUUUAGGAUGUCUAGUAAGAUCAAGUAGUUAAGAUGAUUAAGCAAUAGAGUUAGUCGAUAUAGUAAUAACUGCAAGUUAGAAGCUAAUGUAUUCAAUCUCAAGUGCAGCAACAAUAAAGCUAGCAAGGACCUUAACUCAACUAGCAGCUAAACUUCUUCCCAAACCAUCAUCUCGCAAAUUAAUAAGAAAAAGGUUUCUUUUAAUAACCUAAUACAAACGCAAAUUAAUUUUUGCUUGAACCUUUUACUUCUUAACCUCAGUUUAAUUAAUAUUAAAUGAGCCAAUUCUAACAAAAUUAAUAAAUUCCGUUUACAAAUGAGUUCAUGCAAACGCCUUUUCCUCUUCAAUACCUUUAAGUAUACAUUCCUUAAAAUCAUGCAUAGGUUGUUUAAUAACCAAUUGGUUAGAUCUCUCCAGAAAAAUUUGAUUAAGUACCUCAAGCUCCUCCUCCUCACAUUUUUGCUAAUUCUUAAUUGCUAAAUAAUUAAGACAUUUCAAAGAUAUCUAAAAAUCAAUUCUAGCUAAAAUAAUAAAUGUAAGGCUAUAAUAAGCCUUCUCACUCCAAAUAGCUAUCAUGCUAAUAAUUAGGAUAAUACGAUUAAUAGAACUAAGUAUAACAACUUUAAUAGAGUCAAAUUUAAUUUUCAUAAGGAAAUUAAUACUAGCUUAAGAAUAACAAAUUUAACUAAGAUAGUAGCAAUAUUGUUAACCAAAGCUAAUAAGGUAACAGCAUCUGCAACAACAGCAUGACUUUCCAUAAUAAUUCAUAGAAUAAAAAUUAAAUUAAUAGCUCUAACGUUAACAGCUAACCUAUUAAAGGAAAAAAGAAAUUAGAAAUAAAAGAGGAGGAUAUAAGCUAUGAUAUUGAUUUAGAUAAGUUAGGUGAAGAUAAGCGUACUACCGUUUGCAUUAAAAAUAUCCCAAACAAAUAUUAGCUUAACUGUGUUUUACAAACAAUAGAAAAAAAUCACAAGGAUAACUUUGACUUUUUCUACUUGCCUAUUGAUUUUAAUAAUAAGUGCAAUGUUGGCUAUGCAUUCAUUAAUUUUAUCAAGCCAGAAUACAUUAAAGAUUUUUAUCUUGAGUUUAAUGGCAAAAAAUGGAAGAAGUUUAAUUCAGACAAGAUUUGCAGCUUAAAAUAUGCUACAAUAUAAGGUAUUCCUUAAUUACAAGAGCAUUUCUAGAAUUCGAGCGUUAUGAACUAAAGAGAAAAAAAGUUUAAACCAGUGUUUUUAAAUGUCAUAAGCAAUAUGAUUGACAAACAAAAGCAACAAUCUACAUAAAAUGAUUGUAAUAAAUCAAAUUUUAACGAUGAUAAUAAUGGCAUUAAUUAAUAAAUGGGUAAAAACAAUUUUAUGGAAGGAAGCACCAGUUAAAACUAGACUGAAUAAGCUUUCAACUAUAACAAUAACAAGUAAAACAACUAUUCCUAUCAAAGCAAUCACAGCCAACAUAGCAACAGCAAUAAUAAUACCAGCUAAGGAGGUUAAAAUAGCACUAAUUAUCACAAAAAAAAUAACAGUAAUAGUAAUAACAACUAUUUUAAUAGAUACCAUAAUUCUAAUUAGAAGAAUUACAAUAAUAACAAACAUGAAUAUGUUCAAAAGCAAUGA